CACGCGCAUGUGCCCCCCCCAGCAUUUGAUGAAUGGAAGGAAACCAAACUGAUUUGGAUUUCAGAUUUCUGUCAUCUGUCAAACUUUGUCUCGAGAGCACGAGGGCUCAACUCGGACGACCCCCUUACCCUCACAAUAAUGUCACACUUUGACUUGAAGCCGCUGAGGGCGGCAGAGGCUCUGGUGUCCAUAACCGAGCUCUGGAAGAUUGGGAAUACCAGGCUAAGACACUCUAGACCCCUAACUCCCUCAUCGGACAGCUCCGAGGACGACUGGGCCUCACCUGUUUCUGCUUCACAGCAGGAUCUUCCUUUUUGCAUGACCCCUCCGCACAGCCCACCCUUCUUCCAGACCCCCGGGCCAGCAUUCGUACAGAUUCCGCAGCCCCCUGCAGAGGACACCGCUGUUCCCCGCAGGUUCCAGUGCACCAGCGUCAUCCGACACACGGCACAUGUGCAGCGCCUGGCCUGCAGCGCUCGACAGCCGUUGCAGGGAGGGAGGUCCGCUGCAGAGGACUCUCAAACGGCUGUAAACUCUUCAAAUGAGUUCAGUAACAGACUCUCUGAGGAGAGCACCACCACAGAGAAAACGGUCCCAAAUGCUUCACAGAGUUUAAAGGAAAUGAAGACCCAGAUGAGUCUGUUGGGCGAUGAAGUACCUCCGUCUGUUCCAGCCUGUGGGGCUCUGGUUCUUCAUGUUCCUGCCUUUUCUUCCUCCUCGAGUAUUCUUCAGAAGCCAGCCGGGGCCUCAGAGAAUCAGCAGCAGUCAGCGCUCACCUCCUCGCAGACACCAGAUCAACAGCGUGGAUCACAGGGGGGUUCCCCUCUGCAGGUCGUUGUUGUUGGAGCUCCGCUGGCAGAAAGCCCUGUAAUGCUCCUAGUUCCUCCACCAGCUGCAACUUUAUACGUUCAGCAAACACCAGCGACCUCUGGUGGCACCAAGUUUGUGGCUAUUGCCCCGGCACCUUGUGGUUCCCCUUCAAAGCAGAGACCCAGCCCACAACAAAUAGGGGUGGUGAGAGUCCGCAGACACGCUUGUCCCCAGGAAGACUGCGGGAAGACCUACUUCAAGAGCUCCCAUCUCAAAGCCCACAUCAGAACACACACAGGUGAGAAACCCUUCAGAUGCAAGUGGGAGGGCUGCAAGAGGCAGUUUGCUCGCUCCGAUGAACUUUCCCGGCACCGUAGAACCCACACUGGAGAGAAAAAGUUCUCUUGCCCCGUGUGCCUGACCCGCUUCAUGAGGAGCGACCACCUGGCCAAACACACACGACGUCACCUGUCUGCUAGAAAGACCCCCUGUUGGGCCUUUGGGAUUAGCCAGUCUGUAGAUCUGACUGCAGGCAGCCCGACUGUCUUCAGCCUCUCCGUGAGAAAAUAGAAUCUCUGAGGAUUGCAGGUCCAUUUUUUUUACACGGAGGUUCUGAACGCAGCUAAAGGGCUGAGCCUCACAGCCAUUAUGUAAAAUCUAUUUCUUUCACACCAAAUUUGCUUUCAGAUUUGAAUCACUUCUUUCUCCUUCCCCUUCCAUUAACAAAAAAUACAAAUGACAGAUUAUAUUUCAUAAAACAUUUUAUUUUAACAUCUCCUUUGGAAGUUGACCUAAACACAAAGUGCCAUUAAAUGCAAGCUGUAAAAAUAA